UGUGCGCGCAAAGUUGUGCAGAGAGUGCCGCUUGUAACGCCUUCGUUCUUCAGGUAAUUCAAAGCUUAUCGGCAGCACACGGGCAGCAGUUUGGUUGCAUCUUUGUCCGAGGCGUUGUGAGACUCUGAUCAAUGCAACUUGGUCUUGUUUUUGAUGCACCACACCCCCCACCCAGAACGACCACCCUCGCUCAUGCAAAGGGUUUCCACCUUGCUGUUACAAACACUCUGACUCUUUUCGGUAAGGAGAGGGACAACGCGACACACUUUUGUGCUUUUGCAAGAAUAUUUGAGGAGGUUUUGGUGCCACAGGUAGCUGUUCUGAAACUUUUCAGACCGGGAGCCAGAGCAUCUCUUCCCUCGCGGUACCCAUUUCCUUCGUCUAACCAUCGCACCAGUACCGGAGUGACACUCGAACAGUCAUGCUGUAAAGUGUGCUCCAGUGGAACUGUGUGGGACUUGAGUUUGCGGUUCGCAUGAGUGGGACCAUGCAAGAGCAACAAAACAGAGGACAGAAAAAUCUGAGGCUGCUGCUUCUGUGCCUCUUCGCUGCCAUCCUCGUCUCAGGAGCGCACGCAGGUGGGAAGAAGCACAGUGUCCCCUGUGGUGGCAGAGACUGCAGCGGAGGCUGUAAAUGUUUCCCAGAGAAGGGUGCCAGGGGUCAUCCUGGGCCUCUUGGUCCACAGGGCCCACAGGGGCCACCAGGGAGACCAGGAGAUCCAGGCAUCCAAGGACCAAAGGGGGAGAAAGGUGACCAUGGCCAUGGUGGAACCAUAGGUCCUAAAGGAAAUAUGGGAAUGACUGGCAUACCUGGGUUCUCUGGAAACAAUGGCAUUCCUGGACACCCAGGACAAGCUGGGCACAGAGGGAAGCCAGGUGCAGAUGGCUGUAACGGGACUCAAGGAGAUGCAGGGUUUGCAGGGUUUCCCGGCUCUCACGGCUCCCAAGGUUUUCCUGGACAACCAGGCAGGAAAGGAGAGAAGGGAGACAAUUUGGAGGUCAAUGUGUAUAUGCGGCGCUUCAGGGGUGAUCCAGGCACACCAGGAUUCGAUGGAACAUAUGGGCCUCAAGGAGAACCAGGACUGAGAGGUUACAGAGGCUUGCAGGGGCCAAAGGGUCCCCCAGGGCCUCCAGGUCCCCCUGGACCAAAGGGUACUAUGACCAGAGUGAUUAAGGGAGUCAAAGGGCAAAUGGGGGAGAGUGGACCACCAGGGCCACCGGGAAACACUACUCAUCAGCAAAUUUGGCGUAAUGGAACUGGACAACAAGGUCCUCCUGGACAAAAAGGUUUGAAAGGACAAAGAGGGGAUCCGGCAGAUAACAAAGGAGAGCGUGGUAUAAAGGGAAUGCCUGGACCACGGGGUCUACCUGGUGUAAGUGGAAGACCUGGAUCAAAGGGUGAUGACGGUGAAAUAGGACCAAGAGGCAGAGAUGGUCCUAAGGGUGUUAUAGGUGACCCAGGUGACUUGAUCUCAUUUGGGCCCUCAGUGGCUGGUCCCCCUGGUCCUCCUGGUGAGCGGGGUCUAGCUGGAGAGAGGGGUUCAGUUGGAGACCAAGGCUUUCCUGGUCUUCCGGGACAUGCUGCCUCUGAAGAACAGCAACAAGUGUGGACUGUGUUCGGGCCACUUGGCUUCAGUGGUGAUAAAGGAGACAGAGGCCAACAAGGUGAACCAGGACACCCUGCUGUCAGUGCAGGACCACAGGGAGUCAAGGGGCGCAGUGGGGAGGUGGGCCUUCCUGGACCAAAAGGGACAUGGGGAGAGUACUACAAAGGAGAGCCAGGUGGGAGAGGAACACCUGGGACUGCAGGCACCAAAGGACUGAAAGGUGAUCACGGAAUAUGUCAGUGCACCAGUGUAAAUUCUCCACCUGGUUUAACCGGCCAUACUGGUGAUCCUGGCGAUCCUGGGAUGGCUGGAGAGUUUGGUCGGAAGGGUGACCCGGGAGACCCAGGUCUCCAAGGAGACAAUGGACUCAGAGGCCUUCCUGGGCUCAAUGGUUUACCAGGCCCAAAAGGUCUAAAAGGGAACCCGACUUUUGCCAGAGAGAAAGGACAUCGUGGAGACCCAGGGGAUUCAGGAAAAGGUGGUGAGCCAGGAGCACCUGGAGCUUCAGGCAGAAGCGGUCUGCCCGGUUUCCCUGGCAGCCGAGGUCCUCCAGGAGAAAGCCCCAGAGGAGAACGUGGAGACAAAGGUUUCCAAGGUUUUCAAGGUCGACCAGGUGCAGCAGGGCUGAGGGGAGAACCAGGUCAAGAUUUUGAGGGCAUCAGAGGUGUGCGUGGCUUACCUGGUGAUGACGGCCUCGCUGGCUAUAAUGGAAAUCCAGGAACACCAGGCAGUCCAGGCGGCUGUAUUCUGACAGGAGAAGGAGGACAGGUGGAUGUAACAGGCCCUUGCGAUACAUUUGUAGGACCUCCUGGACCACCUGGAUAUCCAGGGCCUACUGGAGCUCCAGGAGUUAAAGGUCUUUCUGGCCAAAAAGGACUACAGGGCUUAUUUGGAAUAAUUGGAGAGAAAGGAGAAUUAGGAGAUCAAGGCAAAAGUGGCCCCUUUGGACCACCAGGUUUUACAGGCCCUCGUGGAGACUCAGGAACUCCUGGCAGAAAAGGUUCAGUUGGGCUCCCCGGCGCAUCUGGUAUGUCUGGUCGGCAUGGAGGACCAGGUGAAAAGGGUGUUCAUGGAGAAAUCUGGAAUGCAAUGCCUGGGCCACCCGGUGAUCCAGGGCUGCCUGGACUCCGAGGGUUGAAAGGCCUACCUGGAAAUGAAGGCAAGCCAGGCUAUCCAGGAAUGCCCGGCAUGCCUGGUAUGACUGGCUUCAAGGGUGAGAGUGGCCCUCCAGGCCUGCAAGGAGAGGAAGGAAAGCCUGGACCAAAUGGCACUUUUGGCUAUCCUGGUGAUCCUGGGAGGGCAGGUCCACCUGGGGUAUAUGGUGGAAUUGGACAGCCAGGUUUAACUGGAGAGAGGGGAACUGAAGGAGACCCUGGUCCUCCAGGUCCUGUUGGUCUAAAAGGGACCCCAGGGGAACAUGGAGAUGAUGGUGCCACUGGACAGCGUGGUCCACCCGGUGACCCAGGACAGACGGGUGUAACUGGACAUCCAGGCCUUCCAGGAAUGAGGGGAGACAAAGGGUCGCACGGCAUGUCAGGUUUUGAAGGGCGUAGUGGUAAUCCAGGAGUGGAGGGCCUAAGCGGACUGAAAGGAGAGCUCGGACUGCAAGGCGAAGCUGGCCUGAAAGGAAUCAAAGGCCGAGGUGGAGAGAAAGGUGAUCGUGGUUUAACGGGACCGGCUGGGGAGAAGCCUAAAAUCCCUACGCAAAUGCUUGUUGAUAUGAAAGGAGUCAAGGGAGAGGACGGAUAUCAAGGAAAUCAAGGUUUUCCUGGGCGAAAAGGUUCCAAGGGUUAUCCCGGUGUGCCAGGGAAUGAGGGAACUCAUGGGCUCCCUGGAGACCCCAGCAAUGAAAAAGGAUAUGAAGGAGAUCCGGGUCCUGAGGGGCUACCAGGAAUCAAAGGAAUGCCAGGGAUACCUGGAAACCGAGGAAUUACUGGUUUUGGGGGAAUGCCUGGUGUGAAGGGAACUAAAGGAAGUCCUGGUGCCUAUGGCCCCUUAGGUGAAAAAGGAAGGAAGGGAGACCGAGGUGAUAAAGGCCUUCGUAUAGACAUUCAGGGAUCUCCCGGAUUGAGAGGAGAAGUUGGAUUUCCAGGAGAUCCAGGCCAGACAGGACUAACUGGAACAACUGGGGACAGAGGUAUAACUGGUUUUCAUGGUAUUGAAGGCAUGAAGGGAGAAUCAGGUGAUCUGGGAUUACCAGGAUUUCCAGGCUCAGAUGGGCAGAGGGGAACUCCUGGUAAACAAGGUCAAAAGGGUUUCCCUGGUACUCCUGGAAAGGAGGGACAACCAGGCUUUCCUGGUUUCCCGGGAAUCAAAGGUUUUCCUGGCCCAAGAGGUCUUGAUGGAUUGCAUGGAUUGAAAGGACACAAGGGUAUCCUUGGAUCAUCAGGUCCAAACAUCACUGGACCAGCUGGGGAGACGGGAAUUAAAGGACUGAAGGGAGACAGAGGUGACUCCAAUAACCAGACAGGUGCUUCAGGUGCACCGGGUUUGAAAGGCUUCCAUGGGUCUCGAGGUGAUCCAGGUGCACCUGGGCUACCAGGAUUCCGUGGCUCCAUAGGACCAGAAGGCACUCCAGACAGACAGGGACCCAGUGGGGACCCUGGCUUUCUAGGACCUAAAGGAUACCAAGGUUUCCCUGGAAGUAGAGGAUCUCCUGGUGUGGAUGCUCCCCCAGGAGAGAAGGGUGUGCCAGGAAUAAAUGGCUUUCCUGGAUUCCCUGGAGGGAAAGGAAUCAAGGGAGAUGAAGGUCCAUUUGGAUACACAGGUCCAAAUGGUAUUUCUGGAAAGAAAGGAGUGAAAGGAGAGCAAGGAUUCAUGGGAUUACCCGGGAAGAGUGGUGCAAAGGGAGAAAGAGGGCCAGUCGGUCCAAAAGGAAACACUGGAUUUCCAGGUCUUCCUGGGCCCGCAGGAAACCGGGGUCCCUAUCCAAUUCCCAUCAGAAUUCCAGGAGAGAGGGGACCUCCUGGACCACAUGGUAUCCAAGGGCCCAAGGGGUAUAGAGGAGAUCCAGGUCCAAAAGGUCCUCCUGGGGAUCCAGGGUUCGUGGGACCCACUGGGCAAAAAGGCAUGCCAGGGAUUAGUGGUAGACCAGGAAUUCCUGGAUUCCGUGGAGAGGUUGGACAAAUGGGCCACCCUGGUCUGCAAGGCAUGGAAGGUCGCCGUGGUAACUCAGGUAUCGCCGGUUUACCUGGAAUGCCUGGCCGCAGCGUCAGUGUGGGCUACUUGCUGGUGAAACACAGUCAGUCAGAGCAGACACCCAUGUGUCCCGUGGGCAUGGCUAAACUGUGGGAUGGCUACAGCUUGCUAUACCUCGAGGGCCAAGAAAAGGCCCACAACCAGGACCUCGGUUUGGCGGGCUCCUGCCUCUCGAAGUUCAGCACCAUGCCCUUCCUGUACUGCAACCCAGGAGACAUUUGUUACUAUGCCAGCAGAAAUGAUAAAUCCUACUGGCUGUCAACAACCGCCCCUCUUCCUAUGAUGCCUGUAGAGGAGGGAGACAUCAAACCAUAUAUCAGCCGGUGCUCAGUAUGUGAAGCUCCUUCUGUUGCAAUAGCAGUUCACAGUCAGGAUAUCACCAUCCCACAGUGUCCUGUGGGCUGGCGCAGCCUGUGGAUUGGCUACUCCUUCCUCAUGCAUACCGCAGCAGGGAAUGAAGGCGGAGGUCAGUCCUUGUCGUCGCCCGGCUCCUGCCUGGAGGACUUCCGCACAACACCAUUCAUUGAGUGUAACGGGGCCAAAGGCACUUGUCACUACUUUGCUAACAAGAACAGCUUCUGGCUGACCUCCAUAGAUCAGCAGUUCCACACCGAGCCGGCAUCAGAGACGCUCAAAGCAGGCCAGCUCCUGUCACGCAUCAGCCGUUGUCAGGUCUGCAUGAAGAACUUGUGAAAGACUCUACAGCGGAGUUCACAUUGACAGUGGUCUAACACUAAACCAGUCAAGUAACAGGGGAUCCAGAAAACUUAGAUCAGUGUCAAUGGGAAACGGUUUCCCUGAGCCGCAGAGCUCAGAUAUGCAAUGACUGAUGAUCGUGACGCCAUGAGCUUUGAGUUACACUGUACAUCAAUCAGGAGAGCCCCCCCCCCCUUGGCAAGAACAGCAGUAUUGUGGAAAAAAAUUAUCAUCUUUGUUUUAAAUGUAGUUUGGUGCUUAAUUUUUUAACUUAUUACCUCAGUUACUAUGACACAUUGUUAACUAUCGGAGACCCGUACAGUACAGCUGAACCAAAGAUGCACGUAUGUAUGCAAUGCUUAAGUUUAACUACAUGCUUUUAUUGUUUAGGGUUUACAGCCACUAACACUGCUUCUCAGCCAAAUGAAGGUGAGGAAGGUUUCAUCAGAGAUCAUAAGCGAGUGUUUGUAGAUACCGUUGAAAGGAUUAUCCUGCUUCUUUUCAGUUACUCUUACAAAGCCUAGUUCUAUAAAAUUACCACACACUGCUAACUUGUUUUAUGCUCGUCAGCUUCUGCAAAACCACAUUUCCCGAUACCAUAUGUUCAUACAAUGCACUGAUUCUGUUUUAACCUUCUGAAUGAACUUGACCCCACCCUAAGAGUUUUAAAUAUAUAUCCAGUCUAGUACCAUUUGCAUCACUCUUGUUUUCCUUUGCACGUUUAACCUCUUGAUCAGGACAGAAUGUAAACACAGAGGGCUGACCAUAGCCAGUCCAUGCUCUCGUCAUUGACCCGUGGUAAGAUUGGAGCAUUUUACAGAAGUGAGAAAAUAGGUCAGAUAUUCUAAUUCACCUGCGUGCACUUCUUACAAAACACACAGAGCAAAUAGACCAGAAAAAUACAGAAAACAUCUGAUAUACUUGUGCUAUAAUUGUGUUUUUAUAACGUGAUUAUUUCAUUGGAUUGAAAAGAUUAAAUGUUGAUUGUCAUA